AUGCCUGAUAUGCCAAGAGAAGAACUGUCGCAAAAGUUCUAUGCACUCUCUCAGAGACAAUCGCUUCCUUUGAUUAAUAUACUCAAUUCAAACGAGGGAAAGGCGGGUCAGCAUCUGAGUCCUAAAGAGCCGAUAUUUUGGAUGGACCGCUUGACGGUUUUGUUUAGGUAUCUGUCUGUGACGGAACUUGGCGAUGCUCCUCAUCCGUGCUUGAAAUCCGUUCAAGAGAUUUGGCCCGUAUUGCUCAGGGCAUGCCAACAAUACGAAGAAAGUCUGAAAGUGGCCGAACAUUGCUGUCGAACUAUCCGUUUCGUGAUUCGCUGUCUCGGUAUGCAGUCGUUACCGUUCAUAAGUCCACUGGUGAACAAGAUGUUUGAAGUCUACCAGAAGCACCCACACUCGUGCUUUCUCUACCUCGGCAGCGUGUUGGUCGACGAGUACGGUGAACACGAAAGUUUUGUUCCGGGUUUGGUGCAGAUGCUUGAGGCUUUCGUCGAUCCGGCAUUCAAGAUUUUGCAGCAAACUAAUGGCCUCCAAAACUGCUCGGACACGGUUGACGACCUGUUCAGAUUGGCAUUGCGGUUCGUUCAGAAAGCACCUGUGGCGUUUUUCCUUUCUGAGAAGCAUCGACCAUUGGUCGCUUGUGCUACGACAUGCAUAACAUUGGAUCACCGCGACGCAUGUCAGAGCGUUAGCAAAUUCGUCGUCGAGGUCUUGGCGUUUGUAUGUGAAAUGAAGAAGAAAUCUUCGCAGAUUCAGUCAGCUAAGAAUGCCGAACAGGUGGUGAACGACUAUGGGCCCUCUUUGGUCCAGAACGUGAUUUUCGGCUCUGUGUUUCAACUGUCGCUGCCAUUGCAUCGUGAGAUGGCUGAAAUCUUAAUGUCCGUUAAACUCCUGAGCCCUGAGUGUCUGUCUCAGUGGCUUGGUGCGGCGUUGAAGGCUUUACCUCGUCAGGGAACGCUGACCGCGUCGACGGAACAGUUAGAGCAGGUUCAUCGUGAAAUAAUGAGGUGAGG